AUGUCGGCAGCUACGGAAGAGCGCCUCCCUGUGCGGGAGCGUCGCCCCUCGACGAGCGCCCCCAUUGUUGAUAUCCAGGGCUCUGUCGGCCCGGCCGGCAUUUCGCGCCCCAAGCACAAGAGAACUUUCACCGGUUUCGGUGCUGGAGAGAUCAAGAGCGUUGAGGCUUCCAUCCCCGAGCCUCAGCGCGAGGCUUGGUCCAAAGCCCAAGGCGGCCCUUUCAAGACAAAGGAUGAGUUCGAAAAGGAGGUCGUUCGCCACGUCGAGACCACUUUGGCUCGCAGCAUGUUCAACUGCGACGAGACGGCGGCCUACUCCGCCGCCAGUUUGGCCUUCCGUGACCGUCUGGUCAAGCAGUGGAACAAGACUCAGCAGCGCCAGACUACUGUGGACGGAAAGCGUGUCUACUACUUCUCUCUCGAGUUCCUUAUGGGCCGUGCCCUCGACAAUGCCAUGUUGAACGUUGGCUUGAAGGACGUUGCCAAGGCUGGUCUUGAUGACCUUGGUUUCCGCAUCGAGGACGUGAUCGAGCAGGAGCAUGACGCUGCUCUUGGAAACGGUGGCCUGGGUCGUUUGGCUGCUUGCUUCCUCGACAGUCUUGCGUCUCUCAACUUCCCUGCCUGGGGCUAUGGCUUGAGAUACAGAUACGGUAUCUUCAAGCAGGAGAUUAUCGAUGGUUACCAAGUUGAGGUGCCCGACUACUGGCUUGACUUCAACCCCUGGGAGUUCCCCCGUCACGAUGUUACUGUCGAUAUCCAAUUCUUCGGCCACGUCACAAAGUCGACAGACUCAAACGGCAAGACCAUCGCCAGCUGGGAGGGUGGUGAGACGGUCACCGCCGUGGCAUACGACGUCCCCAUCCCGGGAUACGCUACCCCUUCGACCAACAACCUGCGUUUGUGGUCCAGUAAGGCUGCUAGCGGAGAGUUCGAUUUCCAAAAGUUCAACAAUGGUGAGUACGAGAGCUCAGUUGCCGACCAGCAGCGCGCCGAGACGAUCAGCGCGGUUCUGUACCCCAACGACAACCUUGAACGUGGAAAGGAGCUUCGUCUGAAGCAGCAGUACUUCUGGUGUGCUGCCUCUCUUUACGACAUCGUUCGUCGCUUCAAGAAGUCCAAGCGCCCCUGGAGAGAGUUUCCCGAUCAGGUCGCCAUCCAGCUGAACGACACUCACCCUACUUUGGCGAUUGUUGAGCUUCAGCGCAUCCUGAUUGAUCUGGAGAAGCUUGAGUGGGAUGAGGCAUGGAACAUUGUCACUGCCACCUUUGGCUACACCAACCACACAGUCUUGCCCGAGGCUCUGGAGAAGUGGCCCGUCGGUUUGGUCCAGCACUUGCUCCCUAGACACUUGCAGAUUAUCUACGACAUCAACCUCUUCUUCCUUCAGAGCGUCGAGAAGAUGUUCCCCAACGACCGCGAAAUCCUCAGCAGGGUCUCGAUCAUAGAAGAGUCGCAGCCCAAGAUGGUGCGCAUGGCGUACCUGGCAAUUGUCGGUUCCCACAAGGUCAACGGUGUAGCUGAGCUGCACUCUGAUCUCAUCAAAACAACAAUUUUCAAGGACUUUGUCAACAUCUAUGGCCCUGACAAGUUCACCAACGUCACCAACGGCAUUACCCCGAGACGUUGGUUGCACCAGGCCAACCCUCGCCUGUCUGACCUCAUUGCGUCCAAGACUGGUGGCAACUACGACUUCCUGAAGGACCUGACAAAGUUGAACCAGCUUGAGCUCAGCGUCAACGACAAGGAGUUCCGCAAGGAGUGGGCCGAGAUCAAGUACGCCAACAAGGUCCGCCUCGCUAAGUACAUCAAGACCACAACAGGCGUCAGCGUCAACCCUGCGGCGCUUUUUGACGUACAAGUCAAGCGUAUCCACGAGUACAAGCGUCAGCAGCUCAACAUCUUUGGUGUCAUCCACCGCUACCUUUCCCUCAAGGCCAUGUCGCCGGAGGACCGGAAGAAGGUUGCUCCCCGUGUUUCCAUCUUUGGAGGAAAGGCGGCACCUGGCUACUGGAUGGCCAAGCAAAUCAUUCACUUGGUCAACAGUGUUGGUUCAGUAGUCAACAAUGACGAGGAAAUCGGCGACCUGCUCAAGGUUAUCUACCUGGAGGACUACAAUGUCAGCAAGGCAGAGAUGAUCAUUCCCGCGUCUGACCUGAGCGAGCACAUCUCCACUGCCGGUACUGAGGCAUCUGGUACGAGUAACAUGAAGUUUGUUCUCAAUGGCGGCUUGAUUAUCGGCACGUGCGACGGCGCCAACAUUGAGAUCACCCGUGAGAUUGGCGAGAACAACAUUUUCCUCUUUGGCAACCUUGCCGAGGAUGUGGAAGAUCUCCGCCACGCGCACAACUACGGAACCCACUCGAUUGAUGAGAACCUUGCAAAGGUCUUCUCUGCCAUUGACAGUGGCAGAUUCGGCUCCGUGUCUGAUUUCCACGCGCUAGUCUCGGCCGUCCGUGACCACGGAGACUACUACUUGGUAUCAGACGACUUCAACAGCUACAUUGAGACGCACCACCUUGUCGAUGAGGCGUACAAGAACCAAGAAGAGUGGAUCACAAAGUCCAUUACCAGUGUAGCUCGUAUGGGCUUCUUCAGCAGUGAUCGCUGCAUCAACGAGUAUGCCGAGGAGAUCUGGAAUGUCGAGCCUCUUAAGGUCGAGGACUAG